AUGCCAAACCUAUCAUGGUUAGGCCUAUCUGAGCAAAAAGUGAAGGAAACGGAGAAGAAUGCAGCAUUGUCGAAGCAAUUAGGUUCUAUCAUCGCUGCGGCAGAGGAAGAACUGGUCAAAACUGGGAAAUCCAAAGAUGAUCUAACGAAACAACAGGUUAGCCAUUCUCCAUUUAGAGCAGUACAACGAUUUUUUCCUUUAAUCAUCAUAAAGACUAGCUUCUUUAUAUAGUU